AUGGCGGAAGACAUGACAUUUCUCCCGAAGCGGGAGGUUCUCAGUCUUGAAGAGCUGGACCGUCUCUGCACUGCAUUUGUCGAAAAAGGUGUCCGUAAGCUCCGCCUGACCGGUGGUGAGCCACUGGUGCGCAAGAACAUCAUGAGCCUGAUCCGGAGCCUCGGACGACAUCUUGAGAGUGGUGCUCUCGAAGAAUUGACCAUUACGACGAACGGCUCGCAGCUCGCCCGAUAUGCGAACGAGCUAUACGAAUGCGGCAUCCGGCGGAUCAAUGUUUCCAUCGACACGCUUGAUGCCCAGAAAUUCAAGGCCGUCACCCGUUGGGGCAAUCUUGGCAAGGUCAUGGACGGCAUUCGUGCCGCAACCGAUGCCGGGCUGAAGGUCAAGAUCAACAUGGUUGCGCUCAAGGAUGUGAACGAACACGAGAUCGUCCCGAUGCUGCAAUGGUGCCACGAACAGGGACAUGACCUGACCCUUAUCGAAACCAUGCCGCUUGGAGAAAUCGAUGGGGACCGCACGGACCAGUAUCUCCCAUUGUCCACUGUAAGGGCAGGACUCGCCGAAAAAUUCACGCUUACGGACAUCCCGUACAAGACAGGAGGUCCGGCGCGAUAUGUCACGAUCGAGGAAACAGGCGGCCGGUUGGGCUUUAUCACGCCUUUGACACAUAAUUUCUGUGAAAGUUGCAAUCGUGUCCGCAUCACCUGCACCGGACAGCUCUAUAUGUGCCUGGGUCAAGACGACAUGGCAGACCUUCGCGAGCCGCUGCGUGCUUCAGAGGGCAACGAUCUUCUGAACAAUGCCAUCGACGAGGCUAUCGGUCGCAAACCGAAGGGGCAUGACUUCGUGAUUGACAGGAAAUCCAGACAACCUGCCGUUUCACGUCACAUGAGCGUCACCGGCGGCUAG